CCCAGAACGGGGAGAAACGGCCCGGCCGAGGGCGUCCCCCAGUCCCGGCUGCGGAGGGCCGCGGGAAGUAGGCUUCUCGCCCAGGGCCAGUCUUUUCCCUGCGACAGUACCACCUCACCCCCAUAAUCCAGUCCAGGAUGCCCCCCAACAAAGUCAGGGCUGAGGCCCGGAUCGUGCAGUUCACCAACUGCCGCAUUCUGCGCGGCCACGAGCUGCUCAGGGAGGAUCUGUGGAUUCGAGGAGGCCAAAUCCUGGAUCCAGAGAAGCUUUUCUUUGAUGAGAAGAAAUCAGCUGAUGAGCAGAGGGACUGUAAGGGCCACAUCCUGGCUCCAGGCUUAAUUGAUGUUCAGAUAAAUGGUGGAUUUGGAGUGGACUUCUCCCUGCCCGGUGAAAGUGUAAGUUCAGGGGUUGCUUUAGUUGCCAAGAAUCUCCUGGCUCAUGGAGUUACUUCAUUCUGCCCAACACUGGUCACCUCACCACCUGAAAUUUAUCACAAGCCCCACCAGCCAUGCAGUUCUUCUCCUGGGAGAAGGGAGAAGCUGUGAAAUGUGUAAGAUCCUUCCUCAUAUCGUUGUGAGAAAUGGUAGCCCCAAAGGAGCAGGGAUUCUUGGGGUGCAUCUGGAAGGACCAUUCAUUAGCCUUGAGAAACGGGGGGCACAUCCUGAAUCCCACAUUCGAAAUUUUGAGACUGGUGCAUUCCAGGAAUUGCUGAAAACCUAUGGAUCCCUGGACAAUGUUGCCAUAAUCACCCUGGCCCCUGAACUUAGAGGAAGUCACGAGAUCAUCAGGGAACUCACAUCCCGUGGCAUCUGUGUAUCCGUGGGUCACUCCGUAUCUCACUUGCAGGAGGCUGAAGCAGCAGUCCAGAAUGGAGCCAGAUUUAUCACCCACCUCUUCAAUGCCAUGCUGCCUUUUCAUCAUCGUGAUCCUGGCAUUGUGGGUCUUCUAACUAGUGACAAGAUCCCACCUGGACAGCAAGUUUUCUUUGGAAUGAUUGCGGAUGGUAUCCACACAAACCCUGCAGCCCUAAGGAUUGCACACUGUGCCCAUCCCAAAGGGCUUGUGCUGGUCACCGAUGCCCUUCCUGCCUUGGGCUUGGGCAAUGGUCGCCACACAUUGGGUCAGCAAGAGAUCGAGGUAGAUGGGCUGAUUUGUCGUGUGGCAGGUACCAAAACCCUUUGUGGCAGUGUGGCCUCAUUGGAUAUUUGUGUCCGGCACUUCCUUCAAGCCACAGGCUGCAGUGUGGAGAUGGCACUCGAGGCUGCAACCCUGCACCCAGCCCAGCUGCUAGGGAUAGAAAAGAAAAAGGGGACCUUGGACUUUGGCUCAGAUGCAGACUUCGUGGUCCUCGAUGACUCGCUGAAUGUUAAGGCCACAUACAUUGCGGGGGAAUUGGUGUGGAAGGACAAGGGUUUCAGUCACUGAUGGGCUGGAGCCAGAAGACUUUGCUCAGCCCUCAGCUAAAUGCUGCAUCUGCACUGACGUUGGCAGCUUCCUUGGGGUCUUAAAUAUCUGAGGGGACAGAAGUUCCUGGCCCUUCUAGACCCUGCACUUAGAGGAAUACUGAGCCCAAGUCUUGGACUUAGACAUGGACUCCAUAGAAGGGCCUCUUCUGUAGUCUCCUCCUACUCCCCAAAAUAAAACGGAUACUCCUUAUCCUGCUGCUACCA